UGUUGCUAUAGGCCUUGAAAAACUUUUUAACUCCCAAAAAUGUCCGCUUACUUGGCCUAAAAAAGAUCUUAUAGUGGAUGGGUGUGUUGAAUUUCAGGGUGAUAUUAUUAGAUUAAUGAAUAAAUAUGGUAUCAAUAUUCUAAUAGCUAAUUCUAAAGAAAGUAUAAAUAUUGUUGAAAAGUUUAAUAAGACAUUACAAGAAUGGUCAUUUAUUAUUUAA